UGUUGUGAUUCACAGCAAUUUAUCUUAAAUUUAGACGAAGUCAAAAGUAAUUGUUUUAUAGUUGGCGAUACGAUUGGUUCUAAUUUCCAAACAAAAUCAAAGUCAUUCCCUGUAGACGUAGACGAGAUAACUUAAUUCUAUUUUCUCGUUUCCUUGAGUUCAUUCGAUUUAAUUUUUCUUUUUAAAACAGAAGAAAACAAUCUGUCCGCCCCCGGAUAAAUCUUCGCCCAUUUUACUUAUGCAUUACAAUUGAGAAAGCACUUUCGUGUGUAAAUAAAUGAUUAAUUUUCAACCUCACUUUACAAAUGCAACAAUAAAGCAAUGAUACCAUUGAAUAUCAACAUAUUAUUUGGGCAUGAAAAUUGUUUUAAUCUACACACAUCCGACGUUAGUAAUAUAUCGCAUACGAAGCGUUUAAAUUGGCUCUAAAAAAAUUGUUUCUGUUGUCAGUGAGUGUACACAUAAAUAUUAUAUUCAAUGCAUACGUCAUAUGUGUUACGUUGAUCAUAAGUGUAGUGCUAUUAUAUUAUGAAGAGGAAAAGUGAUUUUGAAAACUCAAAUGUGAUUUUCAAACUUUUUUAAGCUUUUGUAUCGUUUCUGUAUAAGAAAAACGAAAGAAAAAAAAAACUUUUUUUAUGGAAAAGAAGAUGAGACAAUCUUUUGUCAUAAAGUGAAGCAUCCUUGACUAUACGUCGAAAAACUAAGUGCUUCGUUUAUUAUAUGAUGUGCAUACUUUCAAUAACAAAAAAAAACUACUACGGCCACACCAUGCAUUCGGUACAUUCACAAGAUCACAUUUGAUGCAUUCAUCCAUCCAUCCAUCAGACAACAGUGAAUAUAAUGCGAAAUGAAUAUUCAUGAGAAGUUUUAUGUUUUACACCCUCAUUGGCUUAUAUCGUUUUUAAAAUAAAACAAAAAAUAAAAAAAAAAGUCUUUUGAAAGCAGAUUGUGCACAGUGUAUGUUUAUAUGGAUAUGAACGGAUUUCGAUAGAUAUUUCGAAUCAGAAUAGAUUAACAAUUUCCCAGAGAAUUCAUCCGUACGCUGUGAAUCCUAAUUAAAUUCGAACGUUGAAUAAAUUGAAUAUACCACGAAGCCAAAAUGCACAACGUAAAGUCAACGGUUACCACGCACCAGUCGGCGCAAUUGAAUGCCGUUAGACACCGUCAUCCGCACGAGGAAUGCGAUAUUAUCGGCGAAUUAAUGGGACAUUAUGGAAAAUAUCAAUUUUUUAUGACUUUUCUAUUGUCGCUGUUUCAAGUACCGAACACGUUCCACAUAUCUUCACCUAUAUAUCAAGCUGCUGAUAAAAAAUUUUGGUGCCAGAGACCACAGCAAUUUAAUGAAGUAACUGUAGAUGAAUGGAUAUCAUUAAGUAAUUCGUCAGACGGCUGUACCAAAUACAGAUCGAAUUGGAAUGAUGUGUCAUACAAGGACGUAAAGGAAGGACUGUACAAUACAACGCAACGAAUGAAAUGCGUCUCGUGGGAAUUCGACGAAAACGAUAAUUUGGGUAACACAUGGACAUCGGAAUGGAAUUUGGUGUGCGACAAAGAGUACAUGAAAACCGUGGCUGAAAUGUUUUUUCUCGUUGGUGUGGCCACAGGUGGCAUAAUCAGCGGUUAUUUGUCGGAUAAAUUUGGCCGAAAAACGAUGCUUUUCAUUUCGGUGGUUUUGCAAACAAUUUUCGGCAUUGCUCUGUAUUUUCCCAAUUCGUUUGAGGUGUACUUAGCUUUAAGGGCACUGCUUGGUGUGGUGUCGGUGUCGGUCACAUAUGCAGGUUUGAUUCUGGCUAUUGAAUUUGUCGAUGGUAAAUGGAGAACGAUUGCUGGAAUGUACAAUCUGUUUCCGUUGCCUGUGUCCUACAUGAUCAUUUCGGGGAUCGCUUACUUAACUCAAGAUCAUAGAAAUUUGCAAUUAGUCAUCGGUGUUCCGGGCAUAUUUUUAUGUUUUCUGUGGUUCGUAAUUCCCGAAUCGCCUCGAUGGCUGUUGUGCAAGGGUCGGAUUAGUGAGGUGAAGGCAAUUAUAAAAGCAGCGGCAGAAUUUAAUGGACGCGAACUUCCGCCAAAUAUGGACAAAUUGUUAAAGCCGCCGAUUGAGGAGGACAGCGACGAGGGAUGCCUGAAACUGUUCGGAACAAAGUAUUUGCGAUUGAUAACAAUUUGCUUCCUAUGCAUUUGGUUCACAAUGAACAUGGUGUACUAUGGAAUGAUCCUCAAUAUGAACUCGUUCGGUGGCAAUGUAUACAUGAAUACGGCUCUAGCAGGUCUAGUCGAGAUUCCCGCCAUCGCAUUAGCAAUUUUUAUCAUUAUGAAAGUAGGUAAAAAAUGGAUCUUUUGUGCUACAUUUUUCCUCGCUGGAAUAUCGUGUCUGUGCUCAGCCAUUGCAGAAGGAAAGGACGAUUUGGAAUGGUUGAAAAUAACGCUGCUUAUGAUCGGCAAAUUCACAAUAAGCGCGGGCAACACCAUAAUGCCCGUCUACACCGCUGAACUUUAUCCAACGGCGAUACGUAACGCAGGAGUUGGUGCGUGCAAUGUUGCUGGUGGCAUAGCACUUAUUAUUGUUCCUUACUUAUCAAUGCUGAAUAAAAUACAGCCGCACUAUUUGAUGUCAAUUUUGAGCGCAUGGAGUUUAUUUGGAGGGGCUAUCGUUGUAUUUCUGCCAGAAACAAUGACACAUUCGAUUGAAGAGCCCGAGGAAGAAAGGUGUUAAAUGAAUCAACUAUAAAUUUUCAUCUAUAAAAAUGUGUUCUCUGCACCCAUCAUUACAAACGACUUGAAUCAUUAAUCUUAAAUUAAAUGAAAUUAACAGCAAGAAUAAAAAAUAAAAUAAAAACAAAGCAAAAGAAAAAUUAAGAGCAGCAGUAUCAUAUCAUAGAAUUCAAUUUCGGUGUGGGAUAAAAAUACACAGCAAGUAAACAAACAAAAUUCAUAUUUAGGAAGUAAAUGUUGAGCAUUAAAAAAAUUCUAAUGAAAACAAAAGAUUAAGAUAAAAUUUUAGAAUACUUAUUUCAAUGUGUAAAAUUCACCAGAAACACAAGAAGUGAAGUGAAUAAAAAAAAUCUCGUUAGUUUAAUUGAUGCAUACGAUAAUUUAAAUAAUAAUUUAUUGUGACAAUAAUUACUGAUGACAUGAAAGAUGUGUGGCGAAACAAUAAAUUAGAUUUAUGAUUUAAAUUUAAACCCGCCGCCAGUUGACACCAUCAAAUCAAUUAAAUUUAUGAAAAGAAAAAAAAAACUUUUAAUUCGCACGGCAAAUUGUUUUUUUUUAGUUUAUCAAAAGCUUUAAUUUUUGUAAUUAGUCCGGUCUAUAAUUAAUAUUUGUGUUUUAUGUUCAGUGCUCGCGAUAUGAAUCUGUAAUCAUCUGCAUCGACAUCUUAUAGGAUAAUACGGUGUGAACGCUCGAAUCACUUUAUCAACUUAGUUAGAAACAUGCGGCCGCCUCAGAUGAACCGAACAGCUAUCCGUAGAGACAGGAAUAAGUCGAAAAGAAUAUCUAAACGUUUAGUGCGGCGACGGCUAAUGUCAAACUAUAUUGAAUUUCGUGAUGCGAAACCUGUCACCAAUUAUUAUCACCUAUUAUUGAGAACUUAACCGAAUUUACUGAAAUUUUUUCAUGCAUUAGAUUACAUAAAACUUCGAGUCGAUUUGAAUCUUUUUUCAAAUAGCUUGUCGGCUAGCUGCUUAACUCAGCUAACAUCUAUGAAUUAAAUUUAGAAAUAUUCAGAUUUCUGAUGGCUCACACUACUGAGUGCAUCUGAAAAGUUUGGGCCAUUGCAGAUUGUGUCCAUGAUACCAGUUAAGUUGUCAAUAGAAGAAAUUCUACAAAAAAUCGACCGUUCCCAUCGCAUUUAAUUUUAAACACACAUCGUAUCAAUUUAAUCGUGAAAGUCCCGACUAUAAUAGCCAAAACGUCUCAUUCUUUUUGAUUUGUAGUCUAGAAUUAUUAUUAUGUCGCAAUUUCGUGUCUUUAAUAUUUUUGUAUGAUGAUGUCGUUCAAUCAAAAUGUUUUGACUAUACUGCUGCUGCUGGCAAUUAUGAGUCAACGCCAACAUUCAUUUAUAAUAUUCUACAGAUUUAUUCACAGUCAUACGAAGUUUUUUUUUGUUGGAGACAUAUCGAUGCAGACUUAAAGUUAGCUACCAAAAUUUGACAAAUGCCAUUCGAUGAAAACUCAAUGUCGUUACAAAAAAAAACAAACAAUUAAUUCUACUUCCGCAGACGAAACUAUGUUAAUACCUUAGGAACUUACCAAUUUUUCCAUGCCAUGUAAUACAUUCAGCGUUCUCUUAAUUAAUUAAUUCAUUUGAAACUAUAAAAAGAAAUUCGGGCCCAUAACCUGUGAUUACGUUAAGUCUUCAAUUUAACACUGACUUGAAAAUGGAAGAUUAAGAUGAUUUGUGAUGAUUUAAGAUGAUUCUUGGAAGUUUACAUGAAAAAAAUCAUCUCCCAGCAUCACUAAACAUCGGAGUACCUUGGGUUUCUAUCAAACACUUUUUUACUUGUUUGGGACCAGUAGUUGCUCGCCCAACCUAACUUACCCAAGAUUAUGCUCCGAAGGGUUACUUGGACUUCUUACCAGUCUUAAGUGAAAAACACUCUCAAUUGGAUAUGUAACAAUCCGAAACUUUACAGGUCACUUUUCCUAUCAAUGAACGUAUUACAGUGAAUGUCGAAGAAUGAAUGUAACUUACGUCUAGUGGUCAAGUGGUAGCUACUAAUGAUCUGAGAGUCGUCGUAACUCAUAAUAUCUGUGUUGAAAUAUCGGUAUUUGUUCGUCGAUUACAAAGACUUAAGUAAGGUGAAUUUCCCCAUUCGAAUAAAAUGUAGUCACACACAUCUGUAACAAUUUAAAUUUAGAUAAAAGUUUAAUGUUAUUAGCAAAAAUCACAAUUUUGCAAAAGUAUAGUAGAAAUUUAGUUUUUUAAUGUUUCUAAUAAAUGUAUUGGCAGGUCCAAAAUUUUAUAACUUAAAGUGAAAAGUGUAAGUAAAAUGAAAAAAAAAAACUUAAAAUAUUCUCGUUUAUAUAAUUACUCAAGUAACAAACAAUUAUAAAUAGAAAAGAAAGAAAAAAUGUUUGAUAUAAUCGAUGUGAAUUGUUAGAAGUAGUAGAGAUUCGAUAGAAGCAGCAC